UGGUGUGUUUCAGAAGAAGCCAUGAGACGCCUGAAACUGCAAUGGAGCUGGCUAGUCAUUUUGCUGGUUUCAUGCCUAAGAACGUAUGCAACAAGUGCCUCUAAACCCAAUAUUUUACUGAUAAUGGCUGAUGAUCUUGGUUUGGGGGAUGUAGGCUGCUAUGGCAAUGAUACACUAAGGACCCCUAAUAUUGAUCAGCUGGCAAAGGAAGGAGUGAAACUUACUCAGCACAUUGCUGCGGCUCCACUUUGCACACCAAGCAGAGCUGCUUUCCUGACUGGCAGAUACCCUAUCAGAUCAGGAAUGGGAUCCAGCACUAAACAGCGUGUUCUUUUUUGGACUGGUGGCUCAGGAGGGCUCCCUCCAAAUGAAACAACUUUUGCCAGAAUACUGCAGCAGCAAGGUUAUACCACAGGACUUAUAGGAAAGUGGCAUCAGGGUAUGAACUGUGAAUCCCACAGUGAUCACUGCCAUCACCCUUUAAACCAUGGCUUUGACUAUUUUUAUGGCAUGCCUUUUACCCUUGUGAAUGAAUGCCAAAGUACAGAAAAUCGUCGCCUCAACGCAUUGGUGCAAGCUAAAUAUUGGCUUUACAGUCAGAUAAUUGCCCUUACAGUGCUCACACUUUUGAUUGGAAAACUGACCGGCUUAUUCUUGGUAAAAUGGAAAGCAAUCAUCUGCUUUGCCCUGUGUGGUUUCCUGUUUUUCAUCUCCUGGUUCUCCAGUUAUGGAUUUGUAAAGUAUUGGAACUGUAUCCUGCUGAGAAACCAUGACAUUAGUGAACAACCAAUGAAGCUAGAAAAAGCCACUUCCAAUGUACUUAAGGAGGCUGUUUCAUUUAUUGAACGAAACAAGCAUGGCCUAUUCCUCCUCUUUGUUUCCUUUUUACAUGUCCACAUACCCCUCGUCACCACAGAGAAGUUUCUUGGGAAGAGUAGACAUGGUUUAUAUGGAGAUAAUGUAGAGGAGAUGGACUGGAUGGUGGGCAGAAUUCUGGAUGCUAUUGACAAAGAAGGCUUGAAGAAUAACACAUUCACUUAUUUCACAUCUGACCAUGGAGGACACUUGGAGGCUCAAAAACAAAAUACCCAAUUAGGUGGUUGGAAUGGAAUAUACAAAGGUGGAAAAGGCAUGGGAGGCUGGGAAGGAGGGAUCCGUGUGCCAGGGAUAUUUAGAUGGCCGGGAGUAUUGCCUGCAGAUACAGUUAUUGAUAAACCUACAAGUCUUAUGGACAUUUACCCCACAGUGGCUCACCUGGCUGCAGGGAUAAUGCCUCAGGACAGAGUGAUCGAUGGUCGAAACCUGAUGCCUUUACUGCAGGGAAAAGUUCAGCAUUCGGAGCAUGAGUUCAUGUUUCACUACUGUGGGGUAUAUUUACAUGCAGUACGGUGGCACCAAAAAGACAGUGGUGCACUGUGGAAGGCUCAUUAUACAACUCCAAUAUUCCAGCCAGAGGGUGCUGGAGCCUGUUAUAAAAGUGGAUUGUGCGGUUGCUUCGGGGAAGACGUAAUCCAUCAUGACCCUCCUUUGCUCUUUGAUCUCUCCAGCGACCCUGCUGAGAUCAAACCUCUGUCUCCUGACACUGAGCCCCUGUUUGACACAGUAAUAAGCAGAAUAGAAAGAGCUGUUCAGGAGCAUCGCCAGACACUGACUCCAGUGCCUCAGCAGCUCUCUGGGUACAACAACGUCUGGAAGCCCUGGCUGCAGCCAUGCUGUGGGACAUUCCCAUUUUGCUGGUGUGACAAAGAAGGUGACAGUGACAGGAAAUUCUUUAACCAAGGAAAGAACAGGGAGACAGUCAAACAGCUAGUAACCUGAAAAAAGAGAACAACACUUAAAUGACCUUGGCUAAAUUACACUGGACUACUUGAAACAGACAUUCCUCUCACUUCUGAUUCACCCUAUCAAUGCUCUGUUCAGUAGACUUGGAGUCUUCUUGAUUAAGGCCUGAAUACAAUCUCUGGCCCAAAUUCUGUUUCAGUUACACCAGUGCAAUUUGGCCCUCAACAGCAAACUCAGGCUUUGGCCCCAAAUAAAUCAACUGGAAUUUUUUUCUACUGGCUUUAAAUUCAAGCAAAUUAUUGAUUAUAUAAAACUAAAUCACUGGGGUAGUUUCUGUUUAAGUGUUACUCAGGUAAAGUGUCACACUCCAUAGGCUUGUGUCAGAGGAUGGAUCUCAGAGACUAUCCUGUAUUUAAAAACAAACAUGCAUUCAGUUUGGUAAUAUGUUGAAACAUGUUCACCUCAUCUACUAAAUCACAUCAGUACCUUGUCAGCAAAUCUGGUUGUCUACCAGGCCAUGAGUCCCACGACAAAAGGUCAAGACUUUUAAAUAUUGGGUACCUAAUGUUAGACUCUUAAACCCAUAGAGAGAUGCUGUAAUAAAUGGCUUGAUAUUCUGAAGUCCUGAGAUUCCGCAGCUCCCACUGAAUUAAAUGCGAACUACAAAUGGCACAGCUCUUGAAAAUGAUGCACCACGUAUGUUCUGUAUUGAACUAGUUCUCUCAGCUACUUCAAGUGUUGAACUUCAUCCUUCAGAAAGAUAUGACUCAGUAGCUGCUUUGACAGGGCUGGUACCAAAUUUCACAGGCAUGGCUAUACUGCAAGGAAAGCCCAGGGUUAGUGAAACUCAAGUCAGCUGACCGGUGUUUGGUAUCCCUGAGCUUGAGCAUCUAUAUUGUACGCUAUCCCUACAUUAAGACUUUUCUAACUGCUGAGUGAACCUGGGACUCUGGCAGGGGUGAAAGUGGGCUGGUAGAACGUACCGGUAAAAAGUGGUCACCGAUACCAGCCCAUACGCAGCUAAUGUUAAAGCACUGCUGUGGCAGCGCUUUAAUGUUGUUGCCCCUUUUGCACACACACAUACCCCGGGGGGAGGGGUGGGGAGGAAGAGCAGAUGCCCCAGGGCCGGCGAUUUAAAAGGGCGCGGGGCUCCCGGCCGCCCCUACCGCAGCCAGAGCCCCAGGCCCUUUGAAUCACUGCGAGAGCCCUGGGCGGCAUGGGCCAGGCAGCACAGAUGGGCUGGCUGGGGGAGGCUGACCCCACCCACCCCUGCUCCUUCUGCCCAAGGCCCCGCCCCUUCCUGGGGCCCAGAGCCAGGCUCCCAUACUGGUAAGUGUUUAAUGUUACUUUCACCCCAGGGUUCUGGCAGCCACACUGCAAUGUACAGCCCUGCAUCAGGUGAGGUGCUAGUGCCUCUGGGAUCUGGUUAGUUUAACUCGGGUCUGCAUGCUGCAGUGUGGCUGCCAGAGCCCCAAGUUCAAGCAGAGGUUAGAAAAGUCUUAACAGAGGGGGAUAAUCACUGAGGUGAACAUGUACUACCAAACUGAAUGCACAUUUGUUUUUAAAUACAGGUCCAAUAUCAACCAGUGUGAGGUUGGAAAGUUGACUGAAGUGGUGGCAGAGGUAUCUAAGGCAAUCAGGCAUGUAUUCCAGCAGUAACUGCUGGCUUUGUGAGAAUGGGGUUUCUUAACUGUGGGGGCGGGAUAGCUUAGUGGUUUGAGCAUUGGCCUGCUAAACCCAGGGUUGUGAGUUCAAUCCUUGAGGGGGCCACUCAGGGAUCUGGGGCAAAAUCAGUAUUUAGUCCUGCUAGUGAAGGCAGGGGGUUGGGCUUGACUUGAUGACCUUUAAGGGCCCCUUCCAGCUCUAUGAGAGAGAGAGAUCUAUCUAUAUAAAUAAACUGUGCUGGGGCUAUUAUUGGGCCUUGUUUGCUCUCCUCAAGGAGCACCUCAGUAUAUACACUGCAAAGGGUACUACUUCAUUGCUAUGCGUGGACCAGAGAGGUAGAUUUAGGAAUGUCAAUGUGGGCAGCACAGGAAAAAUUCAGUGCCCAAGUUUUUUGCCAAUAAGGAAUCUAUAUUCAUGGAUAAUCUGGGACACUAAUCCCACCAAAUGCCAUUGACAUAAAUGGUGUUACUGUCUGCACUGUUAUUCUGGGGGAGCCCACAUACCCCUAGUGCCUUGACUUAUAAAACUGUAUCCUGAUUUCAGAGGCCAUGACAAAAGAUGGUUUAAUUACACUCUGGGCAGGUGUAGAAUGGAGGUUGAGUGUGCUUGAGGCAGAUUGAAGGCUCACUGGAAAUGUCUACACACCUGUUUGGAUGCCAGUGUCAUCAAUGUUGUCCACCUUGUUUGGAUUGCUGUGCCCUUCAUAAUCUUUGUGAAGCCAGAGGUGAGCUAUUUCCCCCUGACUGGACCUACGACAGCAAGGGGCCACUGGAUUGGUACCCUCAGCCAGAAAGUGCAGCUACCACUGAGGAAGCCAGGGAUGUUUUGUGUUCUCACAUUGUGGUCUUGCACAGCCCAAUGGAUUAGGGGGAAUAGUACUUGUUUGAAUGUCCUGGGGGGGGUGGGGGAAAAUUAACUCAUUUUAUGUGCAGGAGCAGUGUUUGAGGGGCCAGGGGCUUGAUUGUCAUGCAGCAUGUAAGUCUGAAUGACAUGAUUAAUAAUUAAUUUGGGGUGGGGUGAGGGGGACAGUAUGGUUUUACACAUGGAAUUUAUUGAUGUGAAUUUCUAUACUCAGUAAAUACAGGAGUACUGUUGGCUUACUAACACUGAAUUGCCCCUGAACCUGCUUUUAGCUUUAUUAUCUCAAAUUAUAAUUGUGAUAUGAUGCAAUGAUAAUAAACUUUCUUGAAAACA